AUGCGCGUCGCAAUAGCAGGCACUUCUGGUCUGGCGCUUCUGAUAGCACAAGAGAUCAACAACUCGACGAGCCACCAGCUGAUCAUUCUCUCGCGAACCCAUCAAACGAGCCUGAUCGCUUCUGGUUACAACUGUCAAGUCGUUGACUACAACAGCCCCACAUCUCUGCAGCAUGCAUUGAUGGGUGUCGAUACUGUCAUCUCGACCGUAAUGGGAAAUCCCCAACUCCGCCUUAUAGAAGCGGCUGUACAGUGCCGGGUUCGUCGCUUCGCACCUGCGGAAUUCGAAGGUCAGCCAGUUCAGCGAGGCCAAAACGCGCUGCUCGAUCGCGGACGCAACUCUGCGCUCGCCUUGUUGCACCACUACCGCGCCAACAUACAGUAUACGGUUUUCGUCUGUGGCAUACUGUAUGAACGCUUCUCGGUGAAUGGGAUGAUGUCUCAUCGCCUUGGGAUUCAUAGCGGCUAUGGCAACGAGGGAGACUUCAUCGCCGACCCGCGACAGAUGACUUCGAUGGCACCGAUCUACGACGCAAAUCAAAACCUCUCCUGCAUCUGCCUGACAUCCGCAUACGACGUGGCACAGUUCGUGGUUCGUGCCAUCGACAUGCCAACUUGGCCUUCAGAGAUGAGCAUGUGUGGUGAGCGUAUGACUGUCCAUGCUUUAGUCGAGACUAUCAGGGCGUGCCGAAAUCGACCGUGGGCUAGCAUUGACUAUCAAGCCCCCGCCAACCUUGAAUACCAAAUGACGAUGGCUCAACUAGGAGGAGACACAGCUGGACAGAGGCGGCUCGCGCCGCUCCUCGCGACAGCAGAGGGGCGCUACGAUUUCGCCGUACCUGCCUACCUCAACUCAGUCUACCCGGACGUGCAGGUCACUCGCUUCCAAGAUUGGUUUCUGCGCAACUGGGCCUCGAUACCAUGA